AUGUCGCGCUCAUCGCUGUCGCUGCUGCUGCCGGUGCUGCUGCUGCUGGCGGUCGUUGCACGAGGGGAGGAGGCGGCGGCGGCGGGCGAGGACGUGGCUGCGAACGCGGUGAACGCGACGGCGGCGCCGCCGCUGCUGCUGGCGCCCACCAAGGUCAUGUGCUCGUGCGGCGUCUUCCUGAGCGGCCAGUUCACGCGCGGCAGCAAGGACCCCCCGCGCGGCAACCCAGCUAUGCUGCACGAGGACGUCGACAUGUUCCCCAACACGCCCUUCGGCUUCAAGCAGUGCACCAACCGCUGCCUCGACAUCGUGGUGAAACAUCUCCCCAACAGCCCUGCCAUCCUGUGUGGCUCCAUUGACAGAGACGUCCACAAAGAAAGGGCGUAUCUGUUCAUAAAGAAUGGAGAAGAUCGCUGGAUGAAUACCAACUUGUCUGCGGGUCGUGAAUACUGUUGUAAGGACGGCGUCCCUUACAGAUGUCCAAUCAUUUCCUAAAUGUCAAUCUCACCAUCAACCUUGUUCCAUAGACCUCAUUUUUGUACAUUCUUUUUAAAUAAAAUGUUUUAAAAAUGAAUUGUAUG